AUGACAUGCUGGAGCUGCUGCAGUUAUCACCAAUUGAUGUACAUCACGAACUUUUUGCACUUCUUGAGACUACGAAUUAACUGGGAUGGUGUUCCGGAGUUCCAGUGGAGAACUGUCAAUGAAGAAAAAGAGAAGAGAUUGUUGAAGAUAGAAAAUAUAGUGCCAUCAGAUGUGCAUAAUCCAUGGUUAUAUCCAGUAGUGCUGAGUGCAUCUCAUAUGGAGGCCGACUUCCUAAGCUUGCCUUUUAACGAGAGAGCUAAUUUCUCAUUUGGAAAAAUAAACCUGUAUUUCCCAGACGACAAUACGCUUGCCUUCUAUACGUUGAACUAUCUCGUUUACAGGAGAACUGCAAGAAAAGUCAUAAUUGUUAAUACUGUAGCGAAGUCUAUCAUGAAAUUGCGUAAAAGUUUGAAGAAAAGGUUGGGACAUUUGCAUAUGCCUACACCGGGUAUGUGUCAGCUGCUCAUAAAGCCGAUACCGGAAGAGAUUACUGAAAAGCAGAUCCGUAACGAUGUAUUUCCUCAUUGGGAAAUUACGAAACUUGAGUUUAAACAUGACUCAUUGAAGCAGCAAUGUUCAAUUCUCACAUUUCCAUCCGCCCAGCUCGCGAUCGCAGCUCAUUGCACAACGAAUUAUGUAACAUUUGAAGAAAAUAGUGAUGUUGCAUCCAUUUUAUAUCCAACUGCGGCAGUUCCGAAGUGGGAUGAAGGUGAAAACUUGUUGGUAGCAGCUGAAAUGGGAAAGAAAGAUGCAUUUUCGUGCCACAAAGAGAAGUGUAUAGAAGAACAAAUUAAAAAACAUAUUACCCGACAUGUUGAAAGAGAACAAAUUGAGGCUAAAACAAAGGAACAGAAAACUGAACGGAAAUUUAAAGAAAGAAUGACGACAGAGAGAAGGCUGAAGGAUGUGGAAAAAUGCAAAAUGCAAAAAAAGCAAGCUGUAAGACGGACUCAUACAAGCACUUUUACUGAACCGAGCAACAAAAUUCCACGUAGAGGGAUUUGUUAUCAUGGUUUAUCAUCUCCAUCACGUGGUUCAUGCUAUCCGAUAAAAACACCUAGCUGGAGACGUGAGGACAGUGUUCGUCCUUUGCAUUCUAUUCGUGACAAUUUCGCAUACAAUGAAAAUGGCCUUGACGAUGCGAUGAAUGAAUUCAAUUAUAAUACUCUGUAUGAUUAUCAUCCAGAAUGCACUGCUGAUGGAUUUUAUUCUGCAUUGGAGCAAUCAUCAUGGAGGAAUGAUUUUGGAAGCGAGUCUACGCCAUCAAUUAAGCAUGCGAGUUGCAGUUAUAUAGGACCCCGGAUUGAGCAAUCAUUCAUACCUUAUCACCCGUCUGAAAAUUAUCGUGGGUUUAGAAAUGAGUGUCCUUGUCAAAAUCAGAGCUUUAAUAGAUUACUUAUGGAUGAACAUUCCUCUGGAAGUCCUGGAACCGAUAUUCAACAAUUCUCCUUUAACACAGGAAUGACGGCCAGCACUUAUGGGGCAUCAACAUUCCGUGGAUUAAUGGAUAGCAGCUACCGGCAAUAUUUCAGUCUUUCUCAGGUGAGAAGGAACGGAACAAGUAACCCAGAAUUAAAAAAUCUUUCUCAGUUUGCAAACAAAGCGUUCUAUCAUUCAUUGAACCACAUACAGUUGUGGGGCAGAAUAACCUGCCUGCAGCAAAUUGGUCAAGCGUAA